UUCGCGCCAGAUGCCGGUGCGGGCCGCGCGCGAAUGAACGGAACAAGCAGCGAACUCCUCCCUGUCGCGCAUGCGCUACGCGCCGGGAGCGCACGUUCACUCUCUCCACAACUGCGCCGUCAGUGGCAGCGUGGCCCGUGAGCGCGUCGGGUCACCAGCGGCGGCGCGUGGUUUCAAGCAGCCCAGCGUUUCUCUUCCGAGCGUUUGCGGCUUUCCUCUCUCGCGGAGCAAAAGAAGAGCGCCUCCAAAGUCGCCGCCGCGUGGUGGUUCCUCACGAUGCGCGGGCUUCUCCUCCCAGCGUCCGGAGGGUAGAAGAUGCUGCGCGCACGUGCCCGCCUUGAAUGUGCGUGCAAUGGCAACCCGCUCGCCGGCUGCUCAAGUGCGGCGACGUCGCUCGGGAUUAACUUUGCCGUCGCUGCAUGCGUCACCGAGGUCCUACACCGCGCUCUCUUGGAUUUCGCGCCUAAUUGUCGCCGUGUGGUUCCUCGCCGUGGGCGUGGCGUCGUCGUCCCACCUUCCCCUGCUGUCGGGCACCCUGAAGACGUUUCAGAAGUUCGCCUGCGACGGCCAGGAGCUGCAGCUGCGCUGUUUUCGCAACACUAGCAUCUCCAUCUCAGUGGCCCAGUACGGGCGUUCGGUGCCCUACCACAUGCUUUGCCCACCACCGUCGCAGGAGGAGGAGGGCGCUGAGAACGCCAAGCCGGCGCAAGAGUACAACGGCAGCGUCGAGUGCAUCGCCAAGGAAGCGCUCAAGGUGGUGGAGGCAGCAUGCCGAGAGAAGCGAGAGUGCAUGGUGAGGACUGGCGUCAAGUCAUUCAUGGUGGACCCUUGCCCUGGGGUGUACAAAUACGCCGAGGUCGCCUACAAGUGCCGCCCCACUACCUUCUCGAACCGCAUAGUGUGCGAGAACGACGUGCUCAACCUGCGCUGCCACAAGAACCUGCGCAUCGUGGUCUACUCGGCCAACUUCGGCGGCACCGAGAAAGGCGUGCCCGAGUGCCCGCAGAGGCAGGACGUCAAGCUGUCCGUGUGCCAGGUGAGCUACGCGACCGAGACGGUGCUGACGUCGUGCCACGGCCGUCGCAGGUGCACCGUGGCCGCCGACAUGGGCACCUUCGGCAACCCCGGCUGCCAUCGGGACUCGCGGCUCUUUCUCAAGGUUGUCUACACCUGCGCGCCCAAGGAGAUCCUUAAGGACCUCGACAUUGGCGGCACCGACUCGCCCAAGGACAGAAUGGACGAGGAGGAGGAUGGAUACGUGGAAGAGGCGCGCUACCAGCCAUCGACCUUCAGUCCCGAUGGGGGUCCGUAUGCACCGGCCGAGUCUCUGCCUGCCGUGCCGAUUGAUCGCAAUCUGAUACCAGAGCCAGCGAACAAAAACCUGCUGAGUGAUAGGACCGCAGAAGACGACAAGCAUGUCAACUGCACCUUGAAUGGGAGCGGCCACCGAGCCAUUGGAUUCGUCACCGAAUGGGUGGCGGCUUACAAGUUUGUAAAAGCGAACAAAGAGAAGUUCAUCCUGUACGUGCUACUGAGCCUGGGCUGCGGCAUCGUCGCCUUCCUGGCAGUGCUGUCGGCUCGCCUCUACGUGCGGCGGGGCCGCGACAAGCGCCAGGACGAGGCCAAGUGUUCCGAGCCGUUGUCGAGCUCGUUCGACGAGUGCGACGGCGCAGGCGGGGCGGACCCAGUGGGCGCUUCCGGCUCGGCAACCAGGCACGCGCACACCAUCGAAGUCGUGCGCUACGCCGACAGAUCGGGUGUACGCCGCCACGACAGCGACACCUACCCGCGGGCACCCGUGUCGCGGUCGACGAACAGCUACUACUACAGCUAGUGGUAAAAAGGCCGAGGAGGUGUGACUCGUCUUCGUUCUUCUGUUUCUUUCUUUUUUUUCUAGUUCGCACUCUCGUCACCUCCUCGAGCCAGUAUGCACACUCAGGAACGCGCCGAUGCCAAAAAAGAAAAAAAAAAAGCGAUGACUUUAGGUAACUCGCAUACGUCAGGGCGUGGACGUUUAAUCGUGCUCUUCGUGACACCGCGGUGGUCGUCGUUUGUACAGGACCCCAACCUAUCGCUAUACGUCAACAGGCUGUAGAAUUCGGGGUGCGAGGACUACCGAAAACCGCGGAGGCUGUUUUGAUUUGGCCGCGCGAUAUUGUGAAUUGCGCGUGGCCCGCGAAAGACUAGUUGCGCCACAGCUGAACGUAUGUCAGCGUUGUGAAGGCGAAAGUUUGUACAGCUUGUAAAAUAACAAUAACGAAUGACAACUUAACAGUGCCUGGGAGUGUGCCAAUUAAGAUGUUUAAGGGCGAGCAAUGUGUGUAGCAUAUCAACUGUCAAUGCUCACUCUGACUUUUCUUGCGCUUUCCGCGAAAAGCUUAAACAGAGUGUGCUAGAAGGAGGUUAAAGUUCGUGCUCGUCCGGAAUUCACCGUCGCGGCGGAAACAAAUCCGGUGCGUUUGCAUGAUUUAAAAAAAAAAAAAACUCUUGCGGCUCACCACAACUAAAGACUGAUUGUGACAGCGAACCGGUCUAUCAACACGACUAUGGCGGGGAUGUGAGUAGCAGGGAUUCCCACCGGGUAGGUAGUUUCUCAAGUGCUGCGAGGUUGUGGCAAUUAACCGACUCGUGAAAAAAAAAAAAUAUUUUUCUGAAUUUCUUUCAUAAUCCUUGUUAUCGAGAGGUGAUGUAUUCACCCAAGUACUCGCACAAGAAUCCAGUUUUAUUAUUGUGCUGUAACGAUGGACCAUGCUUUCGGUAAAACGUUUGACGUUAAAGUCGCACGACUGAUAUCUUCGCACCUUGUGAAGAAUUUCUUACAGAAGUGCCCGUGUUAUCAUUUGAAAAAUCGGUAGUUUCGUUUUCAUGACAUGUGUGUUCACCUUAGCCUCUUAUGGCAGCUUUAGACCGGUUAGGCUUGCUUCAUUAGUGCGAGUGUGUGACAUGUAACAUAAAAGCACUGCACUGAGUGCACAUAGGCCUAAAGUGGCGAAGAGGCCAAAUUUUGUUCAACACUUUUCGCGGUUACGGAGACCUCGUAACCGCGAAACUCUUAAAAGACUCAAUAAAAGUUUUCACUCACUCACUCACUCAACACUUAAGGGGCACUAGCAUGUAAUGUUCACUUAGUAUUCUUGAGGAAUGCGCAUUGUCGAGUUCACUGCACUACAUGGGAUGGUGUUACAUAAUUUGUUUUGCACGCGCACAUUCAAGCGUCAGUUUAUGUAUACGUAUAUUUCGAACCGAAAUGAUGCAACAGCGAGGCCCUCUAUAGCUUUUCACCUGAAAAUGAAAGGCUUGAGUGAUGAUUAUAUGUAUUAUAAUGAAGAACAAGCGAGAUAUAUCUCUUUACAUCAUAAAGACGAAUUAUCGCUAAUUUAUUACACCGGUGUUCGUUCUGUGUUAAACAAUGGGCAAGAGCUACAGAGCCGGCUUCGUUGUACAAAUAUUUAUUGAAGCCAUAGCUCAAAAGAUGUUUGAUCUACUUUGGUAUGUCGUGCACUGAUUUCAUGUACCAUCGUGUAUCUAGCCCUUGCGUUGCAGCAAGUUAUACAAAAUCUGCCCCUUACGUUUUGUGGCUCUCCUGUGUACUUUCACCACUGCACGUGACUUGAAUACCGAGCUCCAGCGUUGUGCCCUUGACAGGUGCAUAGAUAAGAAGUGGAGAUGUGACUGAUUAGUCUGGGUAGCUUAAGGGAUGAGCAAACUAGAUUGAGAAAAAUGCGUCAGCAAAACGCACAGAAUGGACCGGAACAGGCUUACCGGGUGUUCUGAGAGAUAACUACGGGAUGCGAUAUGUAUCUCGGUGGGUUGCCUUGAUGCAAGCGCACAAACCGGCGUCGCAGAAGAUUAAAGACCACACAUUGCGGUACGCUCACGUUGACUUAAGUCCUGAGGCUGUGAUGUCCCGUGCGUGGGCUUACAAGUUCAGAGUAAGGGCAGCCCUAAAUCUGCUCAGACCACACUAACACGUUUUGGAAGUGAUGAAUUUAUUACUCUGUCAUCCAGCGGAGUAGCGCUGGUGCUGGUAAAUUUGUGCUUCAUUAAUCUCGCGUGUAAGCGAUCGUGAUCCAGCUCGUCAUGUGCGGAUAACUUUAUUUCUUGUCGAGUGAGAUGUCCCAAUCAUAAACUAUCCGCAUCAUUUCGACGGCGGUAUGUUCGCACAUUUGUAGGCGUGUUUGGGCACUCUCAAGCAAAUGAUUGUGCGGCUAUAUAUCGCGGGUAAGGGCUGCACGUUAGGCGACUGUUGCAUGAUGGGCACAAGCCUGAACUCUUUACUGUGUCCGAAAGCACGUUAUGUCGCUGACCUGCACCGUUCUUGUUGUGUGUGUCUUAUGUACAGCGUUGGCUCAAAUUAAUGUAUAAAUUACUGUUGACUCAUUACUGUAGAAUUGUACAGCUCACUACAGGGCCGGUGUUGUGCUUUUGUCGACUUGUUUGGUCGAAACGAGGAAGUAAGUAUAUGUUUUGUUUAAAAAUCGGCGCCUGUUCUUUUUUUGUUAUUUUUUCGUGCCGGCAUGACUUAGUGAAAAGCGAGCGCUGAAAGAACGUGCCAUUACGGCGGAAUAGCGUAGAGACGUGAAGGGCCAAGUAGUCACGGGGCUCUAACCUAAAGCCGCGAGCCUCUGAUUCCGAAACGAAUAUUGUUGUGUACAUUUUUUGAACUCCGAUGUCAAUGUUAGCAGUUCGGAGGCUGCCACAAAACAGCAGUUGAGUCGCAGAAAUUGCGUUGCCGAAAAUUGUGCGGCGUAAUACUUUGUCGCGAUCAUUUUUCUGAGUUGGACAAUAACUGUAACACUUAAACAAGCAUAUUUCUAGUAGAAAAAGCGUUUCACAAUAAUAGCUAUUCGUUUACAGUUGCCCGUCUGCAUAUCCGAAAGCAAUCAGAAGGACAAGGAACUGUCGCGAUGAACUGAACUGAGGAACCGACAAUGUGAUGCCACAGCUGCGCCAUUUUUACCAGAUGCAGAAUACAUCUUAUAUUCUGAGGCUUAUACGUCACCCGGGUUCGAAAUCUUUCUUCUUUGAACCUUUUCGACCGCAACGAAAACGUAACCAAUUCGUUAUUUUUUAUUUUUGUUUCGAAGUGAAACCGAAAUAUUUUUGAUCGGUUUUCGGUUCAAGAGGAAAGUCGGCAAUCCGAAACAAUCGACGUCAGGCAAUGCCAGCAUUAGCGCGUAUCUCGGGGGUUCUGCAUAAGCGCGUAUCUGGGGCAGGGAUAAUUCGAGCGAUAGCGGGUCGAGCGCUCCACUAAUCUCGGCUAACUAUUACUGCGCGUUAACUAAGCUGGGCUGCGUCGGUCGCGAAUGCAGGAUCCGCAAAGGUCUCUUCACUCGUCGGGAUCCCUUUCGAGACUGAUCCCAACGAAUUGAAGUUCUUUUUAUCGUGGCUCCGGCGUGCACGGCCGAUGCUGUCCAGCCUAGUUAACGCGCAACAAUAGUUAGCAAUCGUCCAAGACGGGCAGUAAUUAGUCAGCCCAUCGGCACGAGUAUUCUUUCAUGUUUUUUUUAAAGCCUGCCGCUCGGCGCACUAGCAGAUCGCCGUCGUAGCAAAACCCAGGGCUCGCGCGCUGAAGAGCUUAUCGUCUCGUUUUCUACGGGCACAACGCUUUCUUACCGAAGCUUUAUCGUUCCUUUAUGUUCGGUUAAAUUCGUUUUAUCAGAGCAGCGGUGUCGCAUUUCGGCGAGUACACUCGAUGACGUGCUGCUUCUGAGAUCAUGCUCAGUGCCUUGACUCAAGGCACUGGGCAUGAUCUCGUAAUUCAUAAUUCACUUAUUUAGAAAAAUGAAUAUCUUGCUUCGAAAAUUCUUGCGUGCGAACCAAAACCAUUAUGAACCGUUACGGAUCAUUUCUUUUUUUCGUUCCGGAGCAGAACCGCAACGGAGCUUUCUUCAGUGGAACGGAACUAAAGCCAGAAGGAAAAACAUUUCGUUCUGACACCCUGCUGACAGUGAACCAGCCUUAACGUGAGCUUUUGUUUUUGCGAGGUAGGUAGAGUUAAAUGGAGUGGAGUGGGUUGAAAAAUCGUAAUUCUUACUAAUUGGUUUUAUCUUGUAAACAGACAAGAAUCUGCGCUUGUGUGGGUGCAAUGCACAGUACAUCUUGAGGAUCUGAGUGCCGACUUGUCGUGAAUGAUUAGAAAGAUCGAAGUUAAGAAAGAAACUGAAGUAAAUGAAAACAGAUAGCCCUGAAACCAGAAUAAUGCUUCAGCGCGAAUAAGCAAGAGAAAUGGCUCACAGGUGAAGAUUUGAGUUUUGACAACUCUUCUUGUCCAAACGUAAACCACAGGUUGAGGCUUCCCUCGUCCGCUGAUUGUAUAGCAUUGUUCAUUCAUACCAAUUGAGAAACCCCUCAAAAGCACCAGGUUUCAAAAUCCAAACAGAGUAAUUGGUAAAAAAAGUGGAAGUCUCCCGAUUGUCGCCACAUCUAUCGAUAACUAUAUAGACUAUAAGACGCCAUUUCCUUUGAUAAGAGGGGCAUAAAUGAACAUUGUGAGAGGUUUAUUUAUUUAUCUUUGGAAGGGGGAAGGGCUAGUAUGAGGGGCUAGUUGGUGCAUGGUAUUUAGAAAAAAAAAACAGCACAAAAAUUGCAAUAAAAAAGCGACAAGAAACAUAAACGGACCUGUUAGGUGGCGCGGUUUUUGUUCUAGGUGUGAGAAAAACUAAAUAUCAACAUUUCUAGUCGACAUGCUUUUCUUCAGUCAGAUUUGUCGUUUCGAGCACUUUUGCAGGCGAUUGACGGCGGCACAAGUUUUGUUUUGCCGCUCACAGGUGAUGCGCGUCAGUCAGUUCAACAACGCAAAAUUGUAUGAUUAAAAAAAGUGCCGCGUUUUUUUUUUCUUUUUUUAUGCCCGUGCAGGCUGCCUGAAGACAAAAAGCAUGUACGAGCAGAUACUAACAGCUGUGUGAGACCUGUGUUUACAGCAGGCAACAUACGGACACAACCCAGCCGGAAUCAUAGGAAACGGUCAUCUUGAGAAAACGCUGGGUUCUAAAGCUUGUGGUUGUGUCAACUAGUGACCGCCGGAAAUAAGCAGGAAGGAGGAAAGAGAAAAGUAGAAGGCAGGGAGGUUAACCAGAAUAACGUCCGGUUGGCUAUCCUACACCGGGGGAAUGGGAAAGGGGAAAACAAAGAUCACAGGGAGAGAGAGGAGGGAAGGAAAGAAGGAAGUUGCGGCGAGCUCGCUGACGCGUGUGGUCUUACAUAAAUUGCAUUAUUAGUCACAGAUGGUCGCACAAACCCGUCGACCUUAAGAAACACAAAAGCGCCUUCACCGCUUUAUGGGCCGACGGGCAAUGGGGGCGGUGUUCCAACAGCACCUGCACAGAAAGCGGCCGAUUGUCCAGUUUUUGGAAAACUUUGGCACGUUAAGAAGCAUUUAAGGUAAUUAUGGUGGGGAGAAAGGAUUGGAAAGAUGGGGCCAGAGCCUUUGCCGGCGUAGGCAACUUUGCAAGGUCAAAUUGAUAGACUGCAAUAUGUAGAGUAAAACAUGGUUAGCUCGCACAGGUUAUUUGUCGCCAUGUGGUUGCCAACAGGAUGCUAAUCGAAAUCGCCAAAUCCUUAUCACGCCAUGGUCUAAUGUUUGUAGCACUCUGCUGCUCAUCAAAAUUAGGGCUAGUAAGACGAAAUACUGCGGUAGAUAACGACUGCUUGCUACACCGGAUAGCGUUUAGUCGUUGCAUUGCGUUACAACGUGUACUUAUUUAUCUCGCGCAGCUUUAUAUUUAAUAUGCAAAUGAAUUCUUGAAGUGAGUUUGAAAGCACUGGUGCGCCAUUAUAGACAGGGGAUGUAUAAUGAUCAGUUUAUAUGUGGUGCCAAACGCUGAACGCGCAUUUACCACACAAAGUUUAUUUUUCUGCCAGUUGAAAAAUAAAAAAGAACUAUGAAGUUUUUUUUUUUCAUGUUGAUGGCCCAACACUCUUUCAUGAAACAGCGACCCGUUGGCAUUGUGGUUCAAUCCAAAUUAAUCACACGAACUUGAACUGACGCAGCCAGGAAUGACGCGGCUUGGAAACCUCGAUCUGGCGUUGUGGCUUGAAAUAAUAUCAAUGAAAGAAAAUACGGCGCCGGCACUCGCGUAUUGGGGUUGUGUCGCCGUCUCCUUGAUGUCUGCUAUAGCGGCUGCCCAGGCGCGGUGCCGUAAGAUCGAAUCAUUAAAACCGUCUGUAUCGGUCUUUAGUUUUUUUUUUUCUAAUAAUUGAUACCACAUGCAGCUUCUCUUGCCCUCUUUGAAUCGCUAGGUGUUUGUGCCUGCUGUUACGCCCAGAUAUGUCUCUCUCGUUUUAAGCACAGGCAAAGGGUAGCACAUUCUCCAGUGAAGUCAGAAAAUGUGAUUAUAUUCUUGCGCAAACGUAUUCUCAGAUCGCUAUUUCGCAUUGUCGUUUUAGUGAGCAUUUUGCGAUGGAAAGCUCGGGUGCCUGCCGCGACACCAUGUCAUUGAGGAAUUUCAGAUACGCAGGCCACGCAGAUUUAGCAAAGCCUUUGCGUGUGGUUCGCACUUUCUUCGACGCUUGCAAGGAUCUGCUUCCUUUUUGCGAAUGUGUGCCAAAUGUGUCAUAAAACGUAUGUGUGCCGGCAUUCUCUGUACUUGCUCAAUAUCCCCCGACCUCGGUUGACAUAUCUUCUGCUCACUGAACUGGAAGAAAUUUGCCACGACGGAACAAGAAGUGCCGCUUUCUCCUUGGCUGCUAUCUGGAACAAAAAUUGAAGAAUGGCAUUGCCACAUUUAAACAGUACAUGGACGGGUAAAGACCGCCAAACCUUGGUGUUUCUUUCAGUAUAGUUGUGUUUCUUGUUUCUGUAUGAAAAGAUCGCUGCUCUAUGUUUUGAAAGAUGCUAAUAAAUGACACUGACUAUUUUGUUA